AUGGGAAAACGACCCACUGUGAAGCUGGCUUUCCUACUGGCAUCUCUGUCAGUGGGCCUGCUCAUCUUUGUAUACUGGGAAAAUAUAAUCUGGUUUGGUGCAGAGUCGACGCCUACUCCUAAUAGACCACUUACAGUUGGUGGGAUUAACAGGACCAACAAAGACCCUUCACAGGCUGUUGGCACUGUCAGAUCUGAGAACAUCGUCCCCGCCACCAUGUCGAAUAGGCGCAUCCCUGUUCAGCAGCAUGAAGAGGUGGAGCAGAGGGAGGAGGAGGAACUGCAGGAAGAUGAGAAAGAGAGUGGUGGUGUCUCUGCUGAAGAUAUGGAACAAAGAGCUAGGAAGCAGAGGAUCGAGGACGUGUGCUCAGAAAUGCGCUCCACUCACAAAUUUCCAUCAAUGACACGCAGUUUUAAUCAGAUCCCAAACAACGAGCUGGGUCACUUCAUAGUAGAUGAUAAACACCAAAUUAUCUACUGCUAUGUUCCCAAGGUGGCAUGCACCAGGUGGAAGAGUGUGAUGAUCAUCCUCAGUCAGUCUCAGAUCUCACCCUUGACAGGAAAGCCUUACACUGAUCCCAAGGAAAUACCUCGAGACGUCGUACACAACAGGAUUAGCCACCUCACUUUUGACAAGUUUAUACACAUUUAUGGUUCUCAGUCCCGCAGCCAGAUGAAAACCAAGCUCCAGACGUACACCAAAUUUCUGUUUGUACGAGACCCCUUUGUUCGACUCAUCUCUGCCUUCAGGGACAAGUUGGGAAAGCCCGACCAGUACUUCUACAUGCGUUUUGGCUCAAAGAUCCUGCGUCAUUAUGGUCACGUGUCUUCUUUGCCAAACAUAGCCGAGGAGGCUUUUGCUGCAGGGUUCAAACCCACGUUUCAACAGUUCAUCACCUACCUGCUGGAUCCCAAGAGAAAAGAGGUCCUCAAUGAACACUGGCUGCAGGCAUACAGAUUGUGCCAUCCUUGUCAGGUCAAGUACGACUUCAUUGGGCAGCACGAGACCUUCAACACAGACGCAAAGCAACUUCUGAAACUUCUGAAAGUGGAUAAAUGGUUGCAUCUCCCUUCAGCAUACCCAAACCUGACUGAAACCAGCUGGGUGAGAGACUGGUUUAAUCAGAUUCCCAUUGAGGCACAGAGGAAACUAUACAAGAUGUAUGAACUGGACUUCAAACUGUUCGGCUACCCCAAACCUGACGGCAUUGCAGACGAAUAG